GUCAGUUCUUUUUUGUCGCGGAUUUAUUGUGAUGCGAUCUUUUAUGACAUCGUGAUCGUGUACUUAUCUAUUUUUCACCACAUUCAAGAACUACAAGUUUACGCCAUCUAUUCACACCAACAACUUUCUUACAUGUUUCUUCUCCGACAUUGGGUAAGGUGCAACGUUAUCACUACCCUAGACGUCGUGUCACAGAUUAGUUUACACUUUACACUCUCGAAAGAAGUCAGUCAAAAAAAUUUAGGAAAAAGGCAAACGAGCAAAGCAGACGAGAGCGAGAAGGUAAGUAAUACCGCACAUCACAUCAUUUGCUUCACCGUCGUGCUGGUAUCUAUGAAGUACUAAGAUAGAAGUUUUUACAGUUUUUUUGAUGAAAAGAUUAAAGGUAUUCGAAUUUUUCCUGAAUAGUUUAGAGGUACCAACAAGAAGAUACAGCAUCACUUUUUCUUUUGUGGAUCUUCUGGAUCUGACAAUUUGAGAAUACAGAACAGCACAGAGUAAGCCGAACGUCUUUCCGCUGAGUUUGGGGUUGCCGUGCGGAUACAACAGAAAAAUCCAGAUAACCACUCCUGUCUAUCUGCCCAUCAUUCAACACAUCGGGAACGGCGAGGCCUGCGGUCGCACGGACAAAAACGUUUUCCAACCACAACUACAACAGCACGCACACCAAUUACAAAGACCCUCCUGCACAGAACUUUUCGGACCAGUAGUACUUCAGUGGAACAGAGAAGCUGAACCUUGACAAAUUGAAUUUCUAAAAACAGCAAGAGAAAGAACCACUUGAAAAGAAUAUGAUUUGUACCACAAAAAGAACUCCUCUUCCAAGACCGGCGGCGAAGCACAACGCCUGCCGAACCGACUCAAGGACUCCUAAUAUCAAAUCGGCAUGAUUAUUCCAAAAGCACUAUCCAAACAAAGCCAGACAUCUUAAUCUUAUCGCGGCCGGAGAUAACGUACGCAAUUUGGAUUUUCUCAUUCUUUCAGCAUCUAUUUCUGGACAACCACAGAACCAGACAAGCAGCAACAGAACACCACCGUACUUCAGCACGUCGACCUGUUAUUCUUCUACUAGGUAGUAACUCCCGCAUAGAAAAAUGAACCUAAACCCGGACGCGGAAGCCUUCGUAAGUACCAGAACCAGUUCUCCGGACAUUGCGGACGCGGAUCAGCAGCUAUUGAUAGAGCAACAACAGCAGUACAACAAGCAUAACCUCCUGCUAGCAGCAUCAGGUAGUAGUUCUUGCACCACAUCUGCUACAUCUGCGGCGACAAUGGACCACCACGGUUACAACACAGAUAGCCACCCCGGCGCAGUGGCCCAUCAUCUGCACCAGCCGGCGGCUACCUACCUCGACCACGGUCAGCACCAGAUGCUGACCGCAAUGCCACUGGCCGGGUACCAGCACGCCGCCGUGCACCUCGACGCCAGCCAGAUGGGCGCGGCCGCCGCUGGUGCGCAUUUGGUCCAUGUAGACCCGUCGACUGGUGCAGCCACUGCUGCUUACCACCUGGUGCACCCCUCGCAGCUGGCGAUGGCGGGCGCAGAGCAUGUUGUCGGUUACGAGCAGGCCGUGGAUGCGGCCGGGAAUCCGAUCGGAGCGACGGCCGCAGGAGCUGCUGGGGCGACGCUGUUGGUAUGAUAGGAUUUUACAGGUCGUGAUGAAGUAGUAGGGAAGACUCUUGUGAUUGUAGUUCUAAAAGUAAAGCAUAGCAUUAGCUGCACGAACAAAAGUUCUUUUCAACAAACAAGAGCAUUUUCUUUUGGAAUGACCACGUGACCAAUUACAUAUACGCUUCCGCUUCGACUUCAGUACCCUGCGGCGACGACCAUUCUCCACCCGGGCACCGCCGGCACCACCGCUGCCCUGGCGACGGCUGACAGCCAGCCAAGAUUGAUCUACCCGGCUUACGUUACCACGGCCGGCGCAACGGGAACCACCCCUACCGCCGGAACUGCGGCGACCGGGGCCGUCCCCACUUUGGCGUACCAAUACCAGCCCGCUACUAUGAUUUAUCACGACCCGAGUUGUCACCAGCUUGUAGCGGGAGCUCCUAGUACUACUGGGGCUGCUGCUGCAGGGACCGCUACCGCCGGCUUCGUCUCCGCCGCGGCAGCGGCCCACCAACACCAUGCAGCAGGCUCGUUUGCAGCUUCUCAUUUCGGAGGAGGUACAACUACAGCAGGGGGUCCUGCUGGUUCGGGCCCCCAUCAACCGAUCACAACUACAACCUCUUCCGCAACGACCGCAGCUUCGCAGGCGGCGAUCUUGCACAACCAGCGACUGCAGCAAGCGGCUAUGGAACAGGCCAGGACCGGAAUCCCGCAAUCUCUGGUCCACCAAUCCUCGCACCGGCAAAGCCAGUACAACAGUAGAAACAGCGGGGCUGGCCAACAUUAUCUGCAGCGGGGUAACACUAACAGCUCGUCUGGGGGUAUCCAAGAAAAAAACACCAUCACAAUCACAUGUAGGAGGUUUUGCAUCAGAAAUUUCUCUCGCAUGCCAAAUUUUUCUUGUAUUGCAAAAACACAAAGGGAAAUCGCCAAUAACUCUUGACUGUGAUGCAUUUUUGCGCAUAACAAAAAUUUUUGUAUUGCAAAAAUGUGCAAUAGUGAUUGCGAUGGUGUUUUUUUCUUGAAUAGGGGGCGGGAUGAUGAUGCGCAACAGUAGUACAACUGCUCAACAUAAUAUGGACGUGUCAGGUUAGAAAUCGACAAAGUUGAAACGAUUUGGCAUGCAUAAAAUGCAAGGCAUGAGGUGCCUGUCUUGCUGGGAUGGCAAGCGAGGCCGAUUGUGAGCCUGUUUAGGGUUCUUCUUCUUUGCAAUAGAGCUACUGAACUAGCAUGACAAAAGCAGUCUGCUGUGCCCAAAUAGCAUGACUAAUUGGAGUCCGGUUCUCGGAAGAUUUGUCAUGCGCCGGUUGAUAAGUGGGCUCCCAAGUGAUAUCGGUUCUAUGCAUUACAACUUUGACGAUUUCGAUCCUGACACACCAAUACACAAUGCGAACUUGCCAGUGGUGGACCAAGCGACGGCUGAGCGGUUAGCGGCGUAUCACUCCGCUAUGAACACCCCGGAACAGCACGGAGCGCUGCACCAGAUGCACGGCUCGGAGGUCCCAGACGGGAUGAAUUAUGGGAACAAUGGGCAAAAGGGUGAAGAUCUUCAUGGGCACCAGUUGAUGUGGACGGCGCCAGGGCAGAUGAACUAUGCGGAUCACGGAUCUUCGUUGUACACGACCGGAGAACAGGUACAAAAAAGAAACGUUUCUUUACAUGGGUUCGUUGUUCUAGUAGAUCAUGCGAUAGAUAAUUGCUGCACCAGUGGAAAAAUGCGACUUCAUCGUAGUUUCAUCUUUCUCCGAGACAGAGCGGCAAUCAUAUUGAUUUCCAGGUGGGCACAUUUUCCUCGUCCCUCCGCAACAGUGGAACAGGUAGCGCGACCACGACUACCAAGAGCACGACUGGUGCCGAUGCCUCGAGAACCACAAAUUCAUCUUCCGAGAUGAAUCUUCCUGAUCAAGAUCAGAAAUGGAAAAGCCACGCCAGUGAAGUGAUCAAGACGACCACCAAGGUCGGGUUGUCGUCGAACAACAGUGGUGCGGAUGAUAUUUCAUGUGGAGGUGUUGCGGAACAAGCGAAUGCAAUGAUGAACCAGGAGGAACAUCAUAACACGGCCACGACGCUUGGUUGCGUCUAUAAUAGCAAGACGUCUGGUACUAUGUCAAAGCCGCUCCAGUAUGGGCAAUUGGUAGAUCAUGAUCAACAACAAGGGCCGCAGCAGCAGGCGCUGAAUCGCAACACCACCGGGAACUCAAGCAACUGGACAGACAGCGAAAGGGCCGGUAACCACAACUACAGCAUGAUGAUGAACAGCAGCUACUCAACCUCUUCGAAUGCUGGACGAGGGCUUCAUCAGAACAGCGGCACUGGAACAUCAAACCCGACAAAGCAGUGGACCCGGCCGGCGAUUUCGCACAUCGCGCAAACCAGUUCUGGCGCAGCUUCCGCUAUGAGUAACUCGCAGCUACAACAGCGUGGCUUGAGCACCAAUACGAUGAUCGUGAACAGCGGCGGGGUCAACUCGUCCUACAUGUUGAACGGGGGUGGUGGAAAUAAGCACCAGAUGAAGAUGAAUCAGUACAACAUGGGCCGCGGUGGCAGCAACCCCAACCACCACUCGUUCGAUCGCAUGACGAGUGGCGGCGGGGGCAGUCGCGGAAAUUAUAGCAACUAUGGAGGCGGUAGCUUUCACCAAAGUGGCCACCCGCAGCAGCAGCAGCAGGGGGGAAUGGGAAACAAUAACUACAACUACAGUCAGCGCGGCAAUGGUAACGGGAUGAACAAUUACAACAGCCAGCAGCAGUACAAUAACCACAACCAGAACUGCGACUACAGCCACGGUGGUGCUGGAACAAUGAAUAACAACAACCCGAUGAGCUGCGCUAGUUACAACAGCGGCCGACCGCUUACCCCGCCGGGGCUCGACAACGGAGCCGGAGAAGAUGGCGGUGGUUCUGGUUAUGGAGGCGUCAGGAUUGAAAUCGUCAAAGUUGACAUAGUUUGCGAUGCAUAAAAUGCAACCCACAAAGUGCCUGUCUUGCAGAGUAGGCAAGGGAGGCCGAUUGUGAGCCUGUUUAGGGUUUGAAAUAGAGCUGCUAAAGUAGCAUGACAAAAGCAGUUUUCUGUGACCAAACAGCAUGACAAACUGGAUUCCGGUGCUACGAAAACUUGCCAUGCGCCGCUUGAUGAGUGGGCUUCCGACUGGCAUCCAUUUUAUGCAUGACAAAUCAUUUCAACUUUGUCAAUUUCAAUCCUGACAGUUCCAUACUGGUUGUGGCUACAAUAACCGCGGCGGCAACAAUCAAAAUCAUGGCAGCUUUUACGGCAAUGGGGGAGGUAAGAUGCACAACAACAUCGGAACAUCAAAUGCUUUCAAUAACUACCAAACCUCCAGAUUCAAAAAUAAUAACUGCUCGCAAGAUCUUCAUCAUGCCAACUACCAAAACAGAGGAGGAAACAAUCAUGAUAACUUGUUGAACCGCGGGGGUAAUUUGAACUACAAUAACGGCUACGGAAAUCGUGGGGCUCAGCAUCAGAGCGGCAAUUUCAACAUGAGUGGCAACUACAAUAUGAACGAUGGCCACGGUGCCGCAGCUGGUGCGAGUGGGGGGUCAUCGACAUCCGGGGCGGGCUCUUACAGCCGGAUGCAGAGCGCAUAUGAGAGGAUGAAUAGCAUGUACGGAGGAGGUGGUGCUGGAAGCAAUACUGGCACGAACAGAUUCAGCAACAACCGCGACAAUUUCCAACAACAGGGUCGCACUUAUAUGGGAACAAUGAUGAACAACGGGGGCGCUGGAAACAAUACCAGGCACCACAAUGGACCACCCGGAGCAGGUGGCGGACCCAGCCACAGCAUGAGCAUGAUGUCCAACAUGGCGACCACGAGCAUGUGCAACCCGCUUCAUAUGACCCGGUUUCCCAACAUGCACGGGGUCGCUCCUGCGUGCGCGAUGAGCGGUUCUUUGAUGCACCGCAUGCACUCGGCGGGGACCACGAUGAUGCAACGUCACAUGGAGGCGAUGAGCAACAGUUGCAACCGAUUUCAGUAUAUGCAGUAUAUGAUGCACAUGCACCAGCAGUACGCCAACAACAACAACAACCAUCAACGCGGCCCAGACAACUACCAUGAUCACCGCAACUACAGUUACAUCAAGUACUACAAGCAGAUCCAGGCAUACCAGGAUACGCAUUGCAAAAGUACUAUCGUACCUACGUGGUAGUAUGGCAUUACUACAAAUUCAAAUGUAGUAAAAGAUCACCAUGGCAAAUCCAUCGAUUUGUCAACAUCAUGCUGAGCAAUGCAAUUUCCAAUUCCACUUCUAAAAUAAUACGAUAGUACUUUUGCAAAAAUGCAUACAAAACCAGCUGGGGCAAAAAGUUUUGCAGAACAAGAUGGCUUCGUACCAGCAGAAAACCGAUAAGGAGCACCGCAACACGAGACUGAGACAGGACCAAACGGCCGCGCAGGCGGAGUACCACCGGCGUAACAACGCAGUGAACGCCCAAUUGUACCAGCAGUCUUUGGAAACCAUGGCGAAGAUUCCGCCGCUGCCCAUCAACGCCUGUCCGCAGCUUCGCGCUUAUCGAGAGCAGGGGAAGGCUUGCACGCUGAAGGAGCUGCUGCAGGACCGCCUCCGGACCAGCCCUUUUCUGCAGUUCGCCAAGGACGCAAUGGGGGUGCACUUGAUUCUCGAGUGCCUGUACCGGCUGAAAGCGGCGACAGAGGACGAAAAUUCAUUGUCCGCUGCUACAACUACUUUGGAAAUAACGAAUGACAAUUAUGUUGAUGGCGUGGUCAAGAAUAAUAAAGACGACGAUGGUUCUUGUACUACUAGAAGCAUCAACAGUAGAGAGAACAAGAUAAAUUUGAAUACUUCUAAACACACGACGACUUCAACUUCUGUCGAAAGAUCCGAGCCCGCGGACCUGCAGAACUGCAUGAUGCAGAUGCUGCCAAAGUUGGUGGAGCAUUGCAAGGACAAAUUUGCGGGGAAAGUGAUCAUCGCUUUUUUCGACGUCGGGCUGAACCACCAGAAACGAACGCUGGCGGAGCACCUCGUGGGAAGCUGUUUGAAACUCUCGCUGCACGCGUACUGAUGAAUAGCGACUUUUUUUCUUAGCAUAAAAUUGUUUCUCAAAUCAUUUUCUAUAUGUUUGACAUAAUUCUGACACUGACUUUACUUUGUGACCAUCUCCUCGUGGUGAGAAGUGCUGUCUUACCGCUAGAUCUCCCAUGCAGAUGGGUCUAAAUCAGUCUUUGAUUCUUUGGGCUCUUCUUCGCUAUAAUUUCCGAUAGUGCGCAUCAUGACCGAGGGGCCUAACCGCGUUCGCUACAUUUUGCAAGAGCCGAGGCACAACGUCGGCCGCAUGUGCAUGAAGAAUGCGAAACAAUUAUUGACUCAAAACCUCCCUUUCACGACACAACAGCCACGGCUGCCGCGUGAUUCAAAAGGCCUUCGAGGUGUCGCAGUCUGACCAGCAGUGCCUCCUGGCUGCGGAAUUGAAGGGGCACGAGGCGGUGUUAAUGGAGGACCAGCACGGGAUAUGACAGUGCACAACUCCCGCCGCUCCCCCUCAUUUGUCAUGCAAAAUCCCAAAUCCAGAGUCCCAGUCGUUGCACUGUGGCACUGUUUGCAUGAAGAAUUUCGAAAGCCCAAACAGUACUACAGCAGGCACAUACGUAAAUUUGUCAUGCACAGGCUCCAGUCGUGGCGCUGGCGUUUGUAUUGCUGCUCAUGCAAUACCAAUACAAAUGCGGGCGAGGGGGAGUUGUGCAUUGUCAUACGGGAACCACGUUUUGCAGAAACUGAUCGAGUUUACGAAGCCGGUGGAAAAGUUCCAGUUCCUCGUCGACACAGUGCUCCGCAACACCUAUCGUAUUUAAAAACGUCCCCACCCCAGAGUUGUCAUGCAAGUCUGCAUGCUGAAAUUGUUUGUCAUGCGGAGCCCGAUGAGAAGCAUUUUCCAAUCGUCUUUUGGAAUUUGUCAUGCUCCAAUCAGCAUGAUAUACUAGAUCUGUGAUGCUGCUCAGAUAGCUCAAACAGCACUACACUACGAGUCGAAAUUUGUCAUGCAAAACAGCCAAAGCUUGUGGAUUUGUCUAGCCGAGUCCCCAUCUUGACUAUGGGGCGGGGACGUUUUUACACGGAAUAACACCGACCGCUUCAUCACGCACUGCUUUGGCUGCCGUGUGGUCCAGCGGAUUUUCGAGCACGGGGCGGACGAGCAAAAGUUCCCGAUUAUGGACUACGUGAAGGACAAGGUUUACGAGCUGAUUCUAGAUUAUGCAAUGUAAAUUUCCUGUACAUGUACAAAAUGCAUGACAAAUUUCGUUACCUUGCAGAGUCCAACUUGUCAUGCUGGACUAGGAUUGAAGGCAAGUUUUGUCAUGCAGAGACUGCAUUUGUACGUGUGCGGGAAAUUUACUGUGGAUAUAGAUCAGUACGGGAACUACGUCGUCCAAAACAUGCUGACUCGCGUAUCCCACGUAAAAACGUCCCCACUCCAUAGUUCUUGUCAUGCAAAUCUGCAUGCUCAAAAUGUUUCUCAUGCGGAGCCCCAUUGACAAGCGUUUUCUAGUCGUGGUUUGGAAUUUGUAGUGCUCCAAUCAGAAAAUGAGGCUAGAUCUGUGAUGCUGCUAAACAAGCUAAGCAGGAUUUUUACACCACGACGCCAAUAAAGAACUUGUCAUGCGCAACAACAAAAGCUGGCUGAUUUGUGUAGCAGGUUUCCCAUCUUGACUAUGGGGUGGGGACGUUUUCGCUCAGGAUACCGCGGGCGACCCUCGGAUCGCGACGCAAUUAUCAGCACGUUGGCCGAUAACGUUCUGGAAAUGGCAACCCACCGCUGCGGAUCGAACACGCUGGAGCGGGCACUGAUGGAGGGAGUAUCAACUGCAAAUAUGUCCUCUGGGUCUGGAAGGUUGGAACUUGUCAUGCUGGAUUUGGAUUCCACAAUAAAUCUGUAUUGCAUGUUGAACAUCAGCAGAAGAGGUCCAGUUUUUGCCACGGCGAGGGGGCGUUUCUCAUGCAGUAUAGGCAUCAGGAAGCCCUCCCAAAAUCUGCGAUGCUAGAGCAUGCAUCACAGACAUCAGGAGUCAUGCAAAAUGUGCAUGACAAGCCUUGCACUCUUCCAGACCCAGACAUAUUUGCAAUGCAUAGGGCGACUCCGGGCACAAGAAGCAGCUAAUCUCCGCCUUGUUGGGCAGUGACGACAUGAAAAAUUGUUCUACGGGUGGACAACUCGUCCCUGGUUCUACGCACGACCGACAGCUGCACCAGCUUGUUCCCGACAAUAACGAAGACGGUCGUGGAGUUGAUGCUCACUCGGCGCAGCAAAGUUGUGAUGAUGUUGAUUUAGACGCCGGUCCGCACCAAAAUCUCCCUCCCAGCAGCCGGUGCACGCCGAACAACGGGCGCCGGGAGUUGACUCCUUCUGGCGAUCAUGCGGUCGACCAGGUCAGUGGUCUGCGGCAAAGCAAUCUCGACCUUAUGAACAGGACAAGCGGCAGCCCAGCAUCCAGCUGUGUGAUGAACAUGAGCGCUCGAAUUUCGACUUGCACGCCGAACGGACGUAUGGAUUGCAAAAGUGUCUGGGUCUGGAAAGUUGGGACUUGUAUUGCUGCUCUUACAUUUUUCCUGUGAAAUCUGUAUUGCAUGACCAACAAAAGUCGCAGGAGCCCCUCUUGUCAUACAAAAACGCAGUCUUCUCAUGCGGACUGCGCAUGAGAAAGCGUUCUGCAGCCUUGUCAUGCUUUCCUGCAUAAGGAAGGGUUUUCUUGAUCCACCUUUUAGCAUCAGAAAUUUCCAGACCCAGACAUAUUUGUACUUGAUAGGACGGGUCAGCACCUGGUCGACGCUGCAGGCUUAUCGGGAUGUGCACAAGAUUUACGCUGUGCAAAAGUAUCGUACUCGUACUGCAGUCAUGCAUUACAAAUCUUUUCGUUAUAGGUAAAUCCGCAUUACAAACUUCAUUUCUCUUCAUGCUGAGAAAAUAAUUUGUAUUGCAUUUAUACGAGUACGAUACUUUUGCAGUUCACAAGAUCCCGCUACUGACAAUCAUGAAGGAUAAGUUCGGUAUUUAAUACGACUACGGGGACAUGAUGAGGGAUGAUCUGUGCUGGAAUUUUUGCUGCAUAAAGUGAUAAUUUGUCAGCAUGAUAGUACAACUUUUUGUGAAGAUGCAUGGGGAUGAAAAAGUCUAAGUGCGCUGCAUCAUCUGCACAACCUCAACCACAACCUCCUACAGGUAACUUCGUGGCCCAGCGUCUCCUCCUGAUCUCGGAUAUGGAUUGCAAAAAUGUCUGGGUCUGGAAGAGUGCAUGUUUGUCAUGCUUGUCUGGCAUGACUCUCAAAUCUGUCACGCACGUUACCCAAGAGCUCCAUUUUUCUGUGAUGCAGGAACGCAGUUAUUUGUCAUGCAGAAUAGGCAACACCUAGAAGCUCAGAAACUUGCCAUGCUGAGCCAGCAUUUGUGGCCUCAUCAUGAGACGCCACCCAGCAUCACAAGUUUCCAGACCCAGACACUUUUACAUUUGAUAUAGGAGGGCGACGAGCGAAAGAAGCUGAUUGCCAAACUCCGCGAAUAUGAGACUCUCAAACGUUACAUUCUCAACUGUUACAUGAAUUUGUCAUGCAGAAGCACCCAGGUUUGGUCAUCUUUCUCUUUACGCGAGCACCUACCCUUCUUCUGUACCUUUUAUGGUAUGUUGGCCCAUACCAGUACAGUUCUCGGUCGGGUAGGACCCCGGGUGGCGGUAGUCUGCUUCUUGUCUUGAUAUUUUUGCUGCUGCUGGGCUGCCCUGCUUGCGCGCCUUUCCCUUCUUCGAUGCUGCUCUCGUUUUCCUCGUACUUGACCAGCGGAUAGAUGCGUAACAAUUCGUUGCUCUACCCUCUGUUGCCCAAUCGUGACUCUACCCUCUGUUGCCCAAUCGUGACCAUGCCCGUAGGAACUACUUUAAUACUGUCUCUACGACUUUUGACUUCAUUCAUAACCUUCAAUUGUAUUCCUACCUAACUUGUAUUUUUUGUUUUUUCUCUGUACGAUUGGCCAAAGCGCCACCGGGACAGCCUGCCCGUAGACCACCGAUGUCAUGCAGAAGCACCAUCAUCAUCCACUCGAUCAAGCUGCUUGGCAUGACAAAUUUGCCUAGGGCUAAACAGCGCCUAAAUCCGCACGGAUUUUGUAAUGCUACAGGCGCAAUCUCCUCCCUUUCACUUUUCCCAUUCUUGCAUCACAAAUCCAUGUAACGGUUGAGAAUGUAACAGUUGAGAACGCCAUAGCGAACACACCCACAUUUUGAAACGGUUUCCCUACGGGAAGUACAUCCUCCACUGCGUCAUGAAACUGGAGCUUCGCGAGAAGUACGGGGCGACGGACGGAAAGUCUCGCGUCCACCCCCUGCCCCCACCGUUGCCUGGAACCUUUUCUGUGAAUGGGAACAAUGGACCACAAAGGGGUAAUAAUAAUAACGUCCAGACCUCCACGCCACAGAACAGUACAAAUGUAAAUGCUCUUGCGACUUCUACCACGAACAGCGCAACCCCGAUGAAGAGGAAAGAUUCUGGAAGUUCCCCAGGACAGAAGCUUCCUCACGUAUGGAUUGCAAAAGCAGCGUACUAGUAUGAAUUGCAUUACAAAUUUGCUCAGCAUGAAAAAUUACAUUUGUCAUGCAGUUUUACCUUGGAACGGAGAUUUGUCAUGCAUACUUACACUGCAAUUCCAAUUACUACGAGUGCGACGCUUUUGCAUUGCAUAUGACGUGGACAGUAGCAAGUUCUCCACACCGGAGCAGCAACUCGAGCGGUUGAUGGAUAUGGAUUGCAAAGUAUCGUACUCGUAUAAAUGCAGGUCUUGCAUUACAAAUUUCUUUGUCCAGCUCCAGGCAAAUCAGCAUUACAAAUUUUCUUUCUCAUGCUGAGAAAAUUUGUAAUGCAUUUAUACGAGUGCGAUACUUUCGCAAUGCAUAAUGGAGAUCAGCCAGCGAAAUAGCGAGGGAGGGAGGGCGGAUGGUGCUGGUGGAGCGGGAGGGGAAGAUCUUCAAGAUGGGGAAAUAAAUGUUACACCAUCAGGGACAAGCUGCAUCAACACGUCCAGUAAAUUGCGCACGUCGUCUGGGAACGAACUACAACACCUCGAUGGAGAGCCGCAGCUGCGUCGAAACACGAGCAACGCGAACCUGAGGACUUGUCUACCUCGAGAGUCCAAAUCACAACUUCCCACGACCAGCCACGAUUUCCUUGAUUUCCUUCAGGGCGACGAAAACGAGGAACUCGACCGACGGAUGGAGGACAUCGAGAUGGACAUUCAGCACUGCCUAUGAGAUGAGUGCACAACUCCCUCUCGCGGCCCUCGUUUGCAUUUUAUUUGCACAAACAGCAACACAAGCGGCGGCAAGAAUGCAGGUUUGCCAUGACAAAUCCACCCUGGAAUAUAGUGCUGUAGUUUAAGGAGCUUCCAGAAUUUGUCAUGCGAAAAGUGCCAAGAGGCAAAGGGUCGUGGAUUUGGUAUUUUGCAUGACAAAUGAGCGGGACGACGGGGGACGUCGAGUUGUGCACUCUCAUACUGCCGAGAACAAAAUCCGAAAGACGAACUGGAAAUGGAGAUCAUGGACCAACAGAUCAUGGAGGACGUUGGCGACGAAAUUGAUGCCGACUUUGGAGGUUUAAUGCAGCAUGACAAUAACUCCUUUGGCCCUAGUACGGGAGCGGGACCCCGGUCGUCGUCCGGGUCGUUUGCUGCUGGUGUUGAAGAUCAUGUCGCCACUGACGAUGAUAUGCAGGAGCUGUUGCGCCCUGCUUGUCCCACAAUCAUGACAGCAGAUCAUGGUUGUUCGUCUUCUUUCCCUCCCCCCAAGUGCUCCUCGAGUAGCUCCCCGGCGGCCUGUCGCUCCCCGGCGGAAAGACAGCAUGGAGACUUGUUUCAUGGAACGCUCUCCGCGGACGAUUUGCUGCUUUCCCCGCUUGACGAGGACCGAGACGAGGUGGAUUCCUUCGGCUCCGACCCAAUCGUCGGACCGCCCAGGAGCUAUUCGGAUUACGAUACGGCGGUCGCGGGGCUCACUUGCUUGGCCGAUGAAUUGCUAUCAAAUGCAAAAGCAUCGUACUAGUAUAAAUUGCAAUACAAAUUGGCUCAGCAUGCCUAGUAUUGAAUUGCAAUAUAAAUUGCAAUUCAAAUUUGUAAUGCGGAUUUGCCUUAGGAACUGGAUUUGUAAUGCAUGUUUGCAAUUACUACGAGUGCGAUACUUUUGCACAGGAUAAUUGCACAACCGGGACAAUAAUUUGUUGAUGAACUACACCCACGACAGCACUCUCAACGAAAAAGCCGUCGUAUCAAAUGCAAAUAUCCCUGGACGUCUGGGAGAUUGCGACGAGAUUUGUCAUGCUAGCCCGGCCUGACUCUGAAAUCUGUGUUGCGUGGCCACAAAGUAGAGCUCCUCUUGCCUGUCAUGCAAAAACACAGCUAUUUCUCAUGCGGGGUACGCAACGCAGAACCAUGGAAAAACUUGCCAUGCUUGACUGCGCAUUACAGUGCGCGCCCUAUUCCCUUCCUUGCAUCACAAGUGGAAGUUUCCAGACAUCCAGGGAUGUUUGCAUUUGAUACGUCAUUCCGGCGGUGGAUGUGUCUGCGGGAGAGACCGCCGCGACCCCCAGCUCCAGUCCAGGCGGAAUUCUCGGGAGUGAGCACUCGUUGCUAGAGUUGCAGGUGACAACUACAACAGCUUCGACUGGAACUUCUGUAGAGCAGAUGCUAGCCGGGAACAGCUGUAAUUAUCACGGGACGACGUCGAUCAUGUCAAAAAGCGAGGACAUGCUGAAUGGCGAGCAGUUGACUGCCAUUCAUGAGAGCGAUAACGAGUAA